CGGCAAACAAACAAACACAAAAUAGUUAUUAUUAUUGAUAAAUAAAGUAUAUACAAGGAUUAUCUAUCAAUUAAAAGUGAGUCCUACUAUCUCACAUGUGAACCAUGUGGGACUCGUCAAUGUUUCUAAGCACUUUGACUCCAAAAUUUUAUGUGGCUUUGACGGGGACAUCAUCACUGAUAUCCGGAUUAAUAUUGAUUUUUGAAUGGUGGUAUUUUAGAAAAUAUGGCACCUCAUUUAUUGAACAAGUCUCCUUAAAUCACAUAAGCCCCUGGAUAGGAGGAGGCGAAACUAAUAAUGAACAGAGUAAUGGAAGUAGUACUAGUAAUGGGUCUAGUUCUAAUAAUACUCAAAGCAUACCAGAGUGUAAGGUUUGGCGCAAUCCGUUGAAUUUACUACGGGGUGCUGAAUACCAACGUUUUUUCUGGGCAACAAACAAAGAACCUUUAACCUACUAUGACAUGAAUUUAUCAGCACAAGACCAUCAAACAUUCUUCACAUGCGAAGGGGAUGUGGGUAAAGCUGAGUACGAAGUCAUGCAAACAGCAUGGAGAGAAAGGAACCCUGUAGUUAGAAUAAAAUCAGCACACAGUGCUCUAGACUUGAGCCCUGAUUGUGCGACAGCCUACAUUUUGUUAGCUGAAGAAGAAUGCACGACAGUGGCUGAGGCAGAACGUGUGCUGAAGCAAGCCUUGAAAGUUGCCGAAGGCAAUUACAGAAAGUCUCAAAAUAUGCAACAUCAGGGUCUAUUAAUGGAGUCCAUACACCGGCGUGACACAAAUGUUUUGAUUUACAUCAAACGUCGCUUGGCAAUGUGUGCCAGAAAAUUGGGAAAACUAAAGGAGGCCGUUAAAAUGUUCAGAGACCUCACCAAAGAAGUGCCUCCAAUAAUGAACGUGCUCAACAUACAUGAGAAUUUAAUAGAGGUGCUCUUAGAAAUGCAGGCCUAUGCAGACGCGCAAGCGGUCUUGGCAAAAUUUGAUGAUAUCAGUUUACCAAAGUCUGCCACAAUUUGCUACACGGCAGCAUUAUUAAAAGCCAGACAGGUUGCAGAUAAAUUUUCACCUGAUGUAGCAAGUAAAAGGGGCCUGACAACGGCAGAGAUGUCAGCUGUUGAAGCCAUACACAGGGCUGUUGAGUUUAACCCCCAUGUGCCCAAAUAUUUAUUAGAAAUGAAACCGUUGAUAUUACCUCCUGAGCACAUUUUGAAACGUGGUGAUUCAGAAGCCCUGGCAUACGCCUUUUCGCACUUAGCACAUUGGAAAGCGAGCGAGGGUGCUCUCAGGUUACUUCACUGCACAUGGGAAGGUGCUUUCAGGGCUCUACCAUAUCCUCUAGAACGGGGCCACUUGUUCUACCCGUAUCCAGCAUGCACAGAAUGUGCAGACCGGGAACUCCUACCUGCUUUUCAUGAGGUGUCAGUGUACCCCAAAAAGGAGUUACCUUUCUUCAUCAUGUUCACAGCCGGUCUGUGCUCCUUCACAGCAUUAUUGGCCCUUCUCACACAUCAAUAUCCUGAAUCGAUGGGUAUGUUUGCAAAGUCUGUACUCGGUUGGUUGUCUUUGCCAUUUGGAUUUCUCCUGGACAAAUUGGAAAUGGUCUUGCCGAGCAACCUGCUGCAACAGCUAUCACGGAUAUAGCCAAAGAGACGAGUGUGUGAAAUGGAAAAUAAAUUAUUUCAACGAUAAAUAAUAAUAAAACUAUGUGUUUGUGCAUUAUUGUGAAAUGGAUUUUAUUAGUUUAGUUUCAGUAGAAAUAGCAUUGUUUAAUUUGUGAUCAUCACAUUAAUGAAACUUUUUAAGUAAAGUUUUAU